AUGGCGCGCUCGCUUGGUCGGGAUGAGGCCGUGGGCCUCACCAAGGUCACCGGCUGUGUGGUGAGCAUGCUCAGCGGUAACCACGUGGCCCUGGCCACGCGCGCACCUUCAACGCCCAGUCAGUCCACCGGCGGUGAACUGGGCCAGCGGCGCGGCGCUGCGCUGCGCUCCACCGGUUCUUCGGCCAGCGUCGCCUCGGGCGUCGUCGUCGUCGUGGUCAACUUCAGCUAG